UGAUGGACUCCUUUGAUCUAUUUCCCCUUGCCUGUGUAGUUAACAACAAGUUUCUAGCUAUUCAUGGAGGUAUCUCUCCAGAUUUAAAAACGGUAACAAGGUUCUGUAUUUCCGAUUUUAGCUUGAAGACAUCAAAAAAAUUGAUAGAUACCAUGAACCACCUAGAAGUGGAUUAUUUUGUGAUAUUUUAUGGAGUGACCCAGUUGAUAAUGAUCAAGGAUCAUUGGAAAAUGGAUGGAGAGGAAAUGAAGUCAGAGGUUGCUCCUGGUUUUUUGGAGUUGAUGCAGUUCAUAGAUUUCUCUAAAGGAAUAACCUAAUUUCUGUCAUCAGAGCUCAUGAAGCAUAAUUAGAUGGAUAUAAAAUGCACAGAUGGAAAGGAAGUUCAGAUUUUCCAGUUGUUAUUACAAUAUUCUCAGCACCUAAUUAUUGUGAUGUUUAUAAAAACAAAGGAGCUGUAAUCAAAUUUGAAAAUAACACCCUCAACAUUUAGUAAUUUAAAGACACUCCUCAUCCAUAUUUAUUACCAAACUUUAUGGAUGUAUUCUCCUGGUCAAUACCCUUUGUUACAGAAAAAGGUAAAUUUUUUGCUUUCAAUCUGAGUUACUGAAAUGCUAUAUAUGUUACUAAGACAUGAGGAUUAAGAUCAAGAAAGUGGAGAUGAAAAAAUUAACCAAGAAGAUAUUGAAAAGUUUAAAUAAAUCACUUAAUCUGAAAAAAUAAAAAAUUUUGAAAAAAAUAAAUCGCUUUAAAAAUAACUCUCCAAAUCUGGUAAAGAAAAACUCAGAUCAAGAUUAAAAUUUGUGGCCACCAUGAUGAAAAUGCAAAAAACUCUAAGGUCUUCAAAUAUAUUUGUAUUUUCAGAGAAGAAAACGAAAGUAUUGUAUAACUAAAAGGAGCUUGUCCAGAUAAAAGAUUGCCUAAAGGAUUGCUACUCCAAGGAAAAGAAGCCAUCACAGAUGGUAUCUAUUUUUUAUAUUUUAAGCCUUGCAAGAGUUUAAUUACAUGAAAUUGGCAGAUAGUAUUAAUGAAAAAAUGCCUAAUAUUCACAUUCCUUAACAAUCAAUUUAGAUUAAAAAGCCAGGAUAAUCCUCAAAGAAAGGAUGAA